AUGCUAGUCCUUAGAGCAGCACCCCCCCUCCUCCGCAAUGCGGCCCUGCGGACCUCGCAGUCGAUGCGAGCACCGGCCCGGCGCUUCUUUAAUAGCGAAACAGCGCCCAUCUUAUUUUCAGCCAACGCGAAAGUCACCGGCGCGCGAUCGGGCCACAUCGAGGGUGACGAUCUUGUACUCGACCUGGCCUUGCCCAAAGCUUUCGGCGGGAAACCCGCACCCGGAAAGACAAACCCGGAAGAGCUGUUCGCCGCGGGCUACGGCGCGUGCUUCCAGUCGGCGAUGAAUGCGUCGGCGGCCAUGUUGAAGAUCAAGAUGCCAUCGAAGCCGGAGGAUAGUAUUGUGGAGACGACGGUGCAUUUGGUGGGUGAUUCCACCAAGAUGGAUAUGGGUAUUCGGGUAGAUAUGAAAGUCAAGGUCAGGGGAUUGGCCAAAGAUCAGGUUGAGAAGGUGGUCAUGAAGGCAAAGGAGGUUUGUCCUUAUUCGAGGGCGACACAAGGAAAUGUGCAUACCGCUGUUGAGAUUGUGGAUGCUUAA